CUCUCUCUCUCUCUCUCUCUCUCUCUCUCUCUCUCUCUCUCUCUGUGCCUUGUUAUUAUAAAUUCCACUUCUCCUUGUAAGGUUCUUGCAAGAAAUCUGAGGAAAAUAUCACCCUCUGCAAAUAGCUUUCGGCCGCCAUGAACAGAUCUUCGCUAGGGUUUUUCCUAAUCUUCUUCAUCGCCUACGCUUCCACCGAGCUUCUCCUUUUCUGUAAUGGGUCGAGACCCUUCUCUUAUCAAUAUUCUGCAGAGCAGAAACGCAACUCAGAAGAAGCAGUUAGAUCUCUGUUGAGGAAUGCUGAGGAGGAAGAGAGGGUGGACGUGAAUCGGUUCAACAGGGCGAAAGGGGUUUACGGAGGAGAUAACGCCUUCAGGCACAAAGCAGAGCGGAUCCAUGGCUUCUAUGACAAAAUCGGCUUCCAUCGCACUGGCGCCUGUAGUGAUUGCAGCACUUGUUAAUGUUUUCCUCUAUUAACUUGUAAGAAGUCAAUCCAGGAAACACAGUCUACCACAAUCAAGAAACAUGUUUGCUGUCUUUCUUGGUGUCUUCAGCUAUGGAGUAUGAACUAUGCGCUAUGCUUCUUUA